GAAAGUGUGUGUUGAUCGCGCCCCCGGCGGCUCUUCGUCACUCCCCACUCCCUUGUGAAAGCCCUCCUCUUCCCUCAGUAGGCUGAACACUCGGUCUGGAUGUGUGCUGAACACAGCGGCUUGUAGAAGAUGUCCGCGGCGGGUGCUGGAGCUUGCGGACCCGGUCCUGGAGCCGGCGGCGCUCCAGGAUCCGGAGCCUCCAACCCUCGAAAGUUCAGCGAGAAAAUCGCCUUACAUACUCAGCGCCAGGCCGAGGAGACCGCCGCUUUCCAGGAGGUCAUGAUGGACAUCACCUCCACACGGAUUCAGGCUCAGAAAGUGCACCUGGCAAGAACCCAGGGCCCUUACUACGGAGGCUCUCUGCCAAAUGUCAAUCAGAUUGGCAGGAAUGCGGCUGACCUCCAGGGUUCAUUCCACACAAACCUAGAAUCCAGUCGCUCCACACGGCACCAUGGGCUGGUGGAGAGAGUCCCCAGAGACAGACGCUUCGCCUCCCCCAGCCGACCAUACAGGAGACACAUGGACAACUCUCAUUGCAGCUCUGCAUACCUGUCUCCACCCCCUGACCCAAGCUGGAGAAGGAACUGGUCCAGUAAUUUCUCCACGGACAAGAACCCAUUGUUCCGUCUUCCCACCACAGCACUCAACAGAACGAACUCAGACUCCGCUCUGCACACCAGCGUGAUGAACCCUCCCACAGGAGAUCCAUUCAGUGCAGGACACACCCUAAAUCCACACGGGAGACGCAGCGGUCUGACUGAGGGUGAAAAAGGGCGUAGAAUGUUUCCAUACCCUGUCCCUCCCAUAGAGGAGAAUGUAUUAGAUGAAGGCAAGCUUCUAAAACCAUGGGACACAAAGAAGGUAUCCAUGCAGGGCUCACGACCAAAGUCUUGUGAAGUUCCUGGAAUCAAUAUAUUUCCUUCACCAGAUCAGCAAGCCAAUGCUCCUCUUGUCCCUUCUGCUUUGAAUACUGGAGGUUCUCUGCCUGAUCUGUCCAGUCUGCACUUCCCCUCACCGCUGCCCAUGCCACUCGACCCAGAUGAGCCUGGCUACCCCUCCCUCAGCGGGGGCAACAGCACAGGCAACCUAGCCUCCACCCUCACUCAGCUUGGCAUCAAUACCACAAAUGCCUUCAACUCCCCAGGUCUCUUGGCCUCUCUGCAGGGCACGUUUAGUAACCCUACUCUCCAGUCUUCUCUUAGCAAUCCUAACAUCCAGUCAUCUUUAAGCAGCCACUCUUUCCCCAACUCCCUUAGCUCUGCCUCACUGCAGUCAUCACUUAGCAAUCCUUCCCUGCAGUCCUCCCUUAGCUCCUCCCCUUCUUUGCACUCAUCUCUCAGCAACCAAUCCCUUCAUUCCUCACUCAGUAAUUCUUCUCUUAGUGGUCAGUCCCUCCCAUCAGUAAACAGUGCAGUGGGGUCAGGCCACUGUUUGAGUUCCUACCAAACGCUGUUACCCGGGAAGGUGCAGCCCCAAUUAAGCUCCUCCCCCCACAGACGGGGUCAGCUAUCACCGCUGAACCUGCCCCUGGGCCCGGAUUCCCGCAGGCACCACUCCAAACAGUUCUCACCCACCAUCUCUACCACAUUGUCAUCAAUCACACAGGGUGUUCCACUAGAUACAAGUAAGCUUCUGAUGGACCAGAGAUUACCACCAUAUCCUUUCGGUCAGUCUCAGCCAGGCCUGAGCGGUGACGCACAGAAAGGCUGCUCCUCACCACAGUCCAGCCAGCCACCAGUCCAGCACCAACAAGUACAACAUCAGCAGCAUCAGCAGACAGUACAGCCUCCCCAGCACCACCCCCUCCCACAUACACAGCACCCACAGGCCAUGCAACUGCACAUGCAGAACAUGCACAACCUGCAUAAAACGCAGAACUUUCCAUUCGAACACGUGCACCGACAACAGGGCUCCCAUCUUCAGCCACAGCCGAACCAAAACCGCAGCGGCGCAGCAGACACACCGGGACCAGUGAACUCCCAGAGCACGCAGGAACCUGAUGUACACACGCAGACACACACACAUGUUGUACAGCAAGAACAGAAUCAGAAUCUUCCUCAACUUCAGCAGAUCAGCCAGUCUCUAGCCAGUGAACUUGGGCUUUACAAUGAUUCCUUAUUACUGAAUUCCCUUCUGGAUGAUCCAUACCUGGGCCUACAACUCACCGGCAGGCAAAACCAGACCUUUUCUCAGCAGUUCACCACUGAUGCUCACACGGGAGGUUUGUCCUAUAACCACAAUAUGGACUCCACCACUAAAGGCCAGGAUGGCUCUUACUCCAGCCACCAAGGGGUGUUAGACUUGCUGGACUCCACAGAUCAGCAGUUCCUCAAUCCCAGUCAGAACCAGAACUAUGGUACUGGGCGCCACCCUGUCCCCAACAUCAUACUGACGGGAGACUCUCCUCCUGGUUUGUCUAAAGAGAUCACCAGUGCUUUGUCUGGAGUGCCAGGCUUCGAGGUGGACCCGUUCUCUACAGACGAUACGCUCAGGAUGGAACCUCUGGCUCUGGACGGCCUCAACAUGCUCACCGACGGAGACUUGAUGCUGGCCGACCCUGCCGUAGAGGACUCGUUUCGCUCUGACCGACUCAAAUGAACAAGAGAAGGGACGAUUGGAAUGAUUAGGAGUCAGGAGACAUCCAUACAACCUGCGAGUAAGAAGAAGUGAAGUCUUUAAGGCAUUCCAGUGGGAUUUCUCCUCACUCUCUACUUAGGCUUGAAACCUGCUGAAGAGAUUCCUGAAAGGGACCAACUAUGUUUAUGAUUUUAUUUUUAUUUUUUUUAAAGUGUUAGUCCAGCUGUUUUUGCUUUAAGCCCCAUGCACUUGCUGAGAGUUCUCUUCAAAUGCAAAACAUAAUUAUAGGUAUUAGCUUGUCUAAGUCCUAACUGCAUGUUGACGUGUGCACUUCAGAUUGUCACUCCCACAGAGGAGUCAAGCAUGUGAUGCCAACUGGCAGAAAAUGUUUAAAAUCAGUGAGAUGCUUUUUUUUCCCCCCAUUUCGUAUCCCGUGAGUGUUGACUAUCAACAACAGACCAAGUGUUGAUCUCUCAGAAGAGGAUCUGCCAAAAUAGAAACCAGACCAACUUCACCAUGUCACUGUAUGUGUCACCAAUUGUACACUUUGCAUUGAGGGCAUGCCCUCCACAACCUCUUGUACUAAAUGAGUAUUUAUUAAUUCCACACCAGUUAUUUACAAGUGACACUGAUGCUCUAUUUUCAUGGCUUUGCCAUUGAAGCUAAAUUUUUUUUAGUCUUUAAUUGACUUUAGUCUGCUGUAAAGUGGCUUUGAUUUAUCAGCAGCCUCUCUUUCCACCAAAGCGUCAGGGGAAAAAAGAUCAAUCUCUUUAAAAUUAGAUCUUCUCAAGAAAACUGACCAAAAUGCCUCCAGAGUUUUUCGUACGUGCUUCAGCUAAAGCAAGCCUGCGUCUUGCAGAUGUGAUGUGAUGUGCUGUGAUGUGGUAGUGGCCGUGUGUGUAUUCUGUCUCAGGCUAAUGUGUCAGGCUGAUCUGGUACACUGGAGCUUGGUUCAUUUGAACUAAAAGCUGCAGCCCUAUGUCACGUAGCCUGCGCUAUUGCAUUGCAAAUGCAUGAAAUGGUGUUUUUUGCGUACAGAUACUGUACUCACUGAUGCAUUUGUGCUCUAAUGGCUGUUCCUUGUGCGGUUUGCUUGUCCCUGGUGGAGUGAGUGUGCAAGAGAGUGAGUGAGUGUCUGUGGGUCUGCGCGAGUGAGUGAGUGUCUGCGUGAGUGAGUGAGUGUCUGCGCGAGUGAGUGAGUGUCUGCGCGAGUGAGUGAGUGUCUGCGCGAGUGAGUGAGUGUCUGCGCGAGUGAGUGAGUGUCUGCGCGAGUGAGUGAGUGUCUGCGCGAGUGAGUGAGUGUCUGCGCGAGUGAGUGAGUGUGUCUGCGCGAGUGAGUGAGUGUGUCUGCGCGAGUGAGUGAGUGUCUGCGCGAGUGAGUGUGUCUGCGCGAGUGAGUGAGUGUCUGCGCGAGUGAGUGUGUCUGCGCGAGUGAGUGAGUGUGUCUGCGCGAGUGAGUGAGUGUGUCUGCGCAAGUGUGCGAGUGAGUGAGUGUCUGCGCAAGUGUGCGAGUGAGUGAGUGUCUGCGCAAGUGUGCGAGUGAGUGAGUGUCUGCGCAAGUGUGCGAGUGAGUGAGUGUCUGCGCAAGUGUGCGAGUGAGUGAGUGUCUGCGCAAGUGUGCGAGUGAGUGAGUGUCUGCGCAAGUGUGCGAGUGAGUGAGUGUCUGCGCAAGUGUGUGAGUGAGUGUCUGCGCAAGUGUGCGAGUGAGUGAGUGUCUGCGCAAGUGUGCGAGUGAGUGAGUGUCUGCGCAAGUGUGCGAGUGAGUGAGUGUCUG